CCCUCACUCUAUGCCAAUCGCACUAUGAGCUCUUCAGACGCCGACUUUGCUGCUAGUGAAGCACAAGACUCUUCCACUGACCACGACUUUGAUCUUGAAAUACCGCUUCCUUCGCGUGCCCUCUCUACCCCUACAUCCCCUCGUAAACGUCGUCGAUCUGGGUCUGGAGACUGGAUACGACAGCGUAAAUAUCAUCUGGAAGGCAAAUACAGCGACCCCUACCGCAAACUAUACAACGACGAUGUCAAUGCAGCAACAUCUCGAUUUGUUGUAGAUGAUUCACUCAACCUGGAAAGUAGCCGAUUUGGCGCUAUCUUGUGGACUGCCAAAGAAAAGAAUACUUUUUUCGCGGCAUUAGAACGUCUCGGUCAGGAUGAUUUACCCGGCAUAUCCAACGCGAUUCGGACCAAGACUGUGGCCGAGACUGCGCAGUUCUUACUUGCAAUUCAGGAUGCCCCAAUGAAGCGUGUCGCUCUUCGAGGAGACGCAAGAUUGAAGGUCGCUAUGCAAGAUGUCCCUGCUGCUAUGGAAGUUGGCCGCGAAUGCGAAGAAAGUCUGGAGCUGGCAGGCGAUGCUCUAGCAUGGUAUCAAGAACGUUACGAAGCAAAGCAGGAGCAAGUGAAGUACGGUGAACAUUGGCUCAUUACGUCUGAGUUGGCCGAGGAAAUUGAACAAGCCAUGCAGCCUAACCGAGACUACGAUCUGGUUUCUUCCCCUGGGUUCCCUGACACUGAACAUGACACCGCGGGUCAUGCGGGCAGUAAUGCAGUAUCUCCUCCCAUAAUCGAAGAUAUACCGGAAGCCGAACUUUUGAAUCCAGCCGAGUUUCUGAAAUUAUCGAGGACUUUUUUCAUGAAUCCCUCGCCAAAUGUAUCGUAUCCAUGGCCCCACUGGAUGGACUUGACUUCAGAGAUCGCCCAAGAGCCGUCUAUAUACAGGACCGCUUUCAGUGAUAUACACAAUCUGACUCUGUCUGUAACUCGGCGUAUCAUACAGUGCGCGAUUACGCAAGCCACCGCCCGCAUUCGAUCGCAAGGAUGGCGAGUGAAGAAGGGCGUCAAACCGUUCGUGAAACCGAGAGAUAUCCAUACUGCUGUUGACCUAAUGGGUUUGCCUCGAAACGGCAAUAAGAGAUGGGCAGGCGCUGCAAGGCGUUGCGGCAUUCAAGUCACUGAUCGAAACCGAGACGUACGUGACACAGGCCAGAGACGAAACGUGCCAUGGCAUGAAGUUGAAGAGUUCUUAGGCCUAAGGGAACCUAUUCCGACGGACCUAGAUACCGCGGAAUCUGCCGGGGGAACGGACCAUGAUGAAUUCAGAUCUAAAGCCAUGCGUGGCGGAACUCCCUUACCUACAAUACGCCGGUCGCUGUCAGUACAAAGCGAUGUAGUGUCAGACAUGGAUUCUGAAUGCGAGAUUGCUGACGCAAACAUGUCCUCCCGUUCCGAAGACGACGAUUCGGAUACAUCAAGUGCUACAUUGCGAAGAAGUGAUAUCUUUCGGACGAAAUACGAAGAAGAGUUGACUGCUGUUGAGACAUUUGACCAAGAUGCAAGUCACAAAGAAGAGCAGGCUCUAUGGGGUUUACUCGACACCGGCCAUGUCCCACAUGAAAAUUCAACCGGCCUGAAAAGCGAGGCCGACGAGAAAGACUCCAAGCUGCCACAAACCAAACUUGUUCUUGAAACAGGAGAUUGGCGGAGCUGGACGCAGUAUCGUGCAGAUUGGGAGGAGCUUUCUGUGCCAGUCCCUGCUUCAAAAUUUGCUGCUGCGCAGAAAAGCGCCGAAAAUGGGCUGGAUGACCCACACGAUAUGACCGGGAGUGAUGACGCUUCUGAAGGAAGUAGAAGCCAGCGGAAUCCACGUACAGCUGCCACCCAUAUCGACAUACCAAUACGCGGGACCCGCGAGUAUGCAGAAUUCCAGGAAAGGGCGGACAUACCUAGAAAUCAAAGCCCAGGAUCGCACUAUUCUUCUGAUGGAGCAGACAUUCCAGCACCCUCAAUCGAGACUGCCAGUGGAAUAUACAAUUCAGAUGGCGAUAGGAUGUCCGUAGACGACGAUCAAUACUAG